AUGAGCGGUGACUCGGCGCCUCCCCCAGCAUACACUGUAUCCGAGAGGCGUGAUGGUGGUGGUGAUGCUGCUGCUGUGCUACCAGACGCAACCAGGACCAAACGCACCCGGCGCGUCUUCCACGGCCGCAUCAUCCACAGUAAGUCGCUCAAGGAGAUCGAGAUUCUGCCACAAGCCAGCCUCGGGGUCGACGACACCGGCACCAUCGCGUUCCUAGACGCCACCGUCACGUCCGCGGGCGAAGCGUGCGCCAAACACAAGGGCUUCACGCAUGCCGAGCAGAUCACGCUCAAGCCACUGCAGUUCCUGUUCCCCGGGCUCAUCGACACGCACAUGCACGCCCCGCAGUACCCGAACAUGGCGCUAGGCAUGGAGGGCGAUCUGAAGGAGUGGUGCGAGAACUGGACGGACCCGAUCGAGGCCUCGUACACGGACACGGCCAAGGCGCACCGCGUGUACCGCGAGAUGGUGCGCAAGGAGCUCGACAACGGGAGCACCACGGUGGCGUACAACUCGAGCAUCCACCGAGAGGCGACAAACGUGCUGGCGGAUACGUGCCUCGAAUUCGGCCAACGCGCCAUCAUUGGCAAGCUGUGCAUCCUCGUCGGCAGCACGCACGGGAACUGGGAAGCGAGUGCCACGCAGAGCAUCGCCGACGAGGCCAAGGUCGUCGCGCACAUCCGGCGGAUCGAUCCCACGGGCAAGCUCGUCAUGCCGUGCAUCCAGCCUCGAGCCGGGUCGUAUGUGCCGCCGGAGCUGAUGCGCGGGUUGGGCGGCAUAGCCAGUGAAGGCGAAGGUCACAACGAAGGACGGAUGCGCGUGCAGGCACAUAUGUGCGAGACACCCCUGGAGGUGUCCGACAUGCACGACCUCCACCCCGGCUUCGCCAGCUACGCCGACAUGUACGACCACUACGGCCUGCUCGGCCCGCGCACCAUCCUGGCGCACUGCAUCCAUUUGAGCCGCAGGGACAUGGACGUGCUGGCCAAGACGGGCGCGGGCGUCGCGCACAACGCCAACAGCAACACGUGCCUGACGGACGGGUGGUGCCGUGUCCGCGAACUCCUGGACAGGGGCAUCAAAGUCGGACUGGGAACCGAUUGUUCGGCGGGUUAUUCCAUCUCGAUCCUCAAUGCCAUGAGGCAGGCGAGUAACGUGUCGAGACAUCUGACUAUCGCGACGGACGAGGCAGGUUGGAAGCUGAGCUUCGAAGAGCUCGUGUAUCUGGCGACCAUGGGCGGGGCGGAGGCGUGCUCUGUGGAUAAGACGGUGGGGAACUUUGAGGUGGGAAAGGCGUUUGAUGCGCUCGUCGUCGAUGUGGGCUUGGAUGAUAAUAUCAACACCAAUGGGUGGGAGCGUGACGAUAUGGCGUUGUUGAAGAAGUGGGUGUUUAUGGGUGAUGAUCGGUCGAUUCGUAAGGUGUUUGUGGAUGGGAGGUUGGUGGCGGGGAAGGAUCUGUAG